GUUUAAUAACGAAUAAGCGUUCAUGUUACGUCGGUAUACGACAUGGAUUCUAAUAGCCCUUUAAUAUUUGUAAUAAGCGUAUAAUACAAUUUAUGUAAUUAAAAUCAAGAAAGCAUAUUAGAAUCAGCAAAAGAUAAACGAAUAAUGGAAUAUAAUACUAUAGUUUUGUGCAAUAUUGAUAGUUUGGCAUUAAAUUUUGAGAAACAUAGCCAAAUUUUUUAAUGAAUGCAAGAAGUUGGAACAAAAGCAAAACAAAGAAAUAUGAAUUAUAUACGUAUUAUAACUAUGCGGUAGUAUUUAUGUAAUACACGAAUGUAUAAAGUGUAAAUAACUUUUUACCAUCAUGAAAUUCAACGAAAAAGAACUUGCCGAAGCAAGUAAUGGCCCCGCUGACAUUGAGGGCCGUUUAAAUCAUAAACGAGCACAUAAAUCAGGAUUCAAAGAAAAGUGGUUUAAAUUAAGAUGCAAUUUAUUGUUUUAUUUUAACAUCAACGAAUUAGGACAGAUUGACACUAGGCAACCAGCAGGUGUAAUUAUUUUGGAAAAUUAUAGUAUUAACCUUGAUGCUGCAUCGGAAGGUGUAUUUGCAUUUAGCAUAGCAUUUAGAGACGAAUAUGAAAAGAGACAUGUUCUAAGUGGUCGUUCAGAAUCGCAAGUAGAACAAUGGGUCAAUGCACUUAAACAAGCAAGUUACGAAUAUUGGAGAUUUCGUUUAAUAGUGCUUCAAGAAGAGUUAUGUAGAAAAACAGGAAAAGAUCCAUUGCUUAUGUAUCCACGAAAUCAAGGAAUUAUCAGGGAUGAAGCAUGGGAACCUGCAUCAACUUUCCGAUCUCAUGUACGAUCCUUUACUACGUCAGUUGUAACAUCAACUGCGAUAAAUACAGUAACAAAAGAAAUGAAUUUGAUUGAAUUUUAAAUUAGUUAAUUCAA